AUGUCAGGUUCCGAAAACCCAGUGCCAUUGACGGCGCCAGCGGUUGCAAUAGUCGAUGGGCAAGAGAACUCGGAUGUCGAAGAAGACGAUGGCAAAGAAGUCUUGUCCAGCGAACUUAUCAGCCUUGUCCAACAACUCCGGCGCCCCACAUCUCCCCUCGUCCAAGCCUUGAGCCCCCAAUUCUUCGUGACGCGCCACUCGCAAGCCUGCACACUGUGUGUUUCCACAAAGCAGGAAUGCAGCGCGGCCAACCGCAUUCGAUGCCAAUAUUGCAACACUCAACAUCGCGUAUGCUCGCGCUCGGAGAUAUUCAAUACCUGGGCUAUCCGUAAUAAAUUCGGUCUUUCGUGGCAGCGCGCAGAAGUGCUGUUGAAGCUGGGUGCGGGGAUGAUAUCAGGAAGGAUCCAGAAGACGGAGACAAUUUCCUCAGAUAUUGUCAAUGUGGAGUUCAGACGUGAGCCGAAAACCCAGCUUGAACAAGAGAAGAAACCUGGGCGACUCAUUACUUCAAAUCCCGGAGACGGCCCUACCGUUUCACUCCCGGAACCAGACGAGCAGCCGGUCGCUAUUCGACCUCCCACUCACACUCCCGCCAAACGUUUAGCGCCAGAGCCUAAAUUGACUCCCGUCGCUAAGCGUCCGAAAACGACUACCGCUCGUGCUUCAAUUAGCGCCAGCAGUACCCGCCCAAAACGAGCUCCAGCGGAAAAAAUAGAUAUACCCGUUGAGCUCCUCCGCCGCUCCCACCGAACGCAUGCUGGAGAGUCGAUAUCUUCUCCAGCGGCAACAACUUCAGAUCCUUUCCGACUCAACAACGACUACGCCAGUCGUUUGACCGCGACGGAAGCGCGCUUGGCGGCUCUCGAGGCUCGAGCUCCCCUUUCGCAGCAAGGAUCUCCUUCAAAAGGUCAUAUUGUCGGGGAACUUGAGAACGCUAUCCAAGAACUCUUUGCUGGCAACCUGCCGGGUGGCCUUCAACGACUUGUUGAACUGAAGGCGAGGUUCACGAAUGAGUCUGAUUCUGCCUCACCAUCGAUUACACCGUCCUCCAGUCGCAUUUCUCCCGCAAGCCACGCAUCUUCAUCCAUCGUACCUCGAUCUCCGACCCUAUUCUUCACCAAAAACCACGCGAUCGACUUCGGCGAGGAUUAA